AUGAAACACUAUGAGGUUGGACAGAGCAAUGCGAUUGAACGUCUCCUAAGACUCAAGGAAGAAUUAAGGGAUGCUGAGACCGAGACAUUUUGGAAACGGUUGCUAGAAGGAGUAGCAGCGAUUUGCAAUGCCCAAUGCUCGUUUGUAGCCUCCGCAAAUCCCCAGCCGGCCCCAUUCCAGAAUGGCUACGAUACUGUGAUGUCAGCCACUGAAACCCAUGAGUAUUCUCCCUAUAUAGGUAUCGCUCUGUACUAUAACAAUGGCGACUCGAUCUCAGCGAUGCACAGAAACUACAAGCAUUUCGCUCGGGAUAUACCUUGUGACUUCAUGAAGCACGACAAGGUUUUCCUCAUCCCGGAAAACUUGACUUCAUACAUAAGCAAUGGCCCAAAUAUGCUCCCAUUCCCAAUGGAUGCCUACUUGGCUGUCCCUUUGUUCUCGGGUGGAAAAUGUUUUGCUCAUUUUGGGCUGAUGUGGACCGCUGAAGGUUUAGCGAAGCGUGAUGUCUCCUGGGCAUAUCUUGAGAUGAUCCUACAUUCCUUGGAGGACUUUGUACAACACCGCAUCCUGGACGAACAGAACUACAAGAAGCCAAUGCUCGUCCAGAAAAGAGACGAACAACAGCGAAGAGGCAGAGCAAAAGCAAGUAGACCCUCGGUCUAUCAUCACUCCACGACGGGCUCACAGUCGUUCAAACCAUAUGCACGGAGCCUAUCCCAUGAAUUAAGAACACCGAUGCAAGGGGUGGUUGGGAUGCUGGAUGUAAUGCAUGCCAACGUGCAAGAAGCAAUGGACAAGCGUCUCGAUGCAGCAGGAGUAAUUCCCGUGUUUCAGGAGCUCAAAGAUAACAUUGAGGCAAUCCAAGAUAGCGUUCGAAGAGCAGUGGAGGCAGCCGAUAAUGUGGUGCAUGCUUACGAUCUAAAUAUGCAAAUACCUGAAACACCCCAGAACCAGGCUGGUGAGCAAAGUACUGGGGCUUCUUUGCGGUCGUAUAGUGGAGAAUACGAUACUCGUCCGAAUAUCCUAAUCGAAGGGAACAACAUUUCUGUAAAUCCAUACAAGCGUAGAAGGAGUAGUCCAGUUGAUUGGAAUUAUAGCCCUCCGUCAGGAUCCAGAUCACCCAGAUUACGUCGACGAGAACUCUCACCCCGAAGCGCAGAUGUCAAGACGGUAGUUGAAGAGAGCGACAAAAUCGUUCAAGCCGGCCCGCGAGUCGAGGAAGACAACGAAGUCCAAGAAGCUUUGAUCAAUGCACGACGCGCUUCAAUCCCCGAGCAGUUUUCGUGUUCUGGCAUAUACGUUAAACCCAAGGUUUUCCCUCCGAUGACACUGCAAUCCACCAAAAUCCGUGAGAUACUCCAACCGCUUAUCCACGAAUCACUCCAUGUAGGAGGCCGUCCGGAUUCCGCUUUCGUUGAGCCGAACAUGUUUGGGCAAAAAAUCGAGAUUAGGUCAAGAUCUUCAAAUGGACGGGCUUCGACAAAGAUUAUCGAUUGGUUUGUCGACCCGUCAGUGCCGGAUAUCUUAUAUGUCGACGAAAGAGACUUUACCAAGUUGGUGUCCUGCGUCUUUAUCAACGCUCUCAAGUUUACAGAGUCUGGAAACAUUACGCUUGUUACAAAGUUGAGUAGUUCGGGCAAGUGCGUUUUAAUUAAUAUCAGCGAUACUGGAACCGGUAUUCCAGAGGACUUUCUUCCAAACCUCUUCCAGCCUUUUGCUCGGGAAGACGACUCUACAACGAGGAGCAAGGAAGGCUUGGGACUCGGACUGUUAGUCGCCAAGGGCUUGUCUAGGAAGCUUGGCGGUGAUUUAAGAUGCCGUCGUUCUUCGACGAGGGAACCAGAUCGUGGAUCUGAAUUCGAAAUCCGGCUACCCAUAAGCCCCAACGACAGUGUCAGCCCGCCAACCUCGCCCCAACGCGACGAGUGCACUGUUUCCCAAUCGAAUUCGAACCCAUCUUCGCAUUGCGACAGUCAAACAAAUGGGCCUAAAUCGGUUGGGAAUGGUUCCGAAACCGUCCCGUCAGAUCCUUCUUCAAACCGCCCGGCACCAGCUCGAGCAAGCUCGAGCUUCACAAACGGGGGUUGGCUGGGACCCUCACGUCGCCUAUCGAUUUCAUCGCGUGGCGGUUCCGCCCUUCUUAGCUCCAAUGGCUAUGACCGCCAUCUUGCGGACAAACACCCUCUCACGUUUCUUGUAGCCGAAGACAACAAAAUCAAUAGACGAAUUCUCGUUAGUAUGCUUGCGAAGCUGGGAUACAACGAUGUAUAUGAGGCUUUCAACGGGAAAGAAGCUGUUCGUAUUAUGAGCGAGAUGAUCUUGAACGACGUUGUCCCCGACCCAGGACCACCCCCGCGAAGCCCUUCUAGUCGAAGUGUCUCGGAAAUGAGCACUGACACGAUAACGUCGCUCAUAGAAGACUGCCAAAUGUCAACAUUCAACGAGCCGUCUAUCAAGCAGGUGCCCAAAUCGAAGUUUGUCGACGUCAUCCUCAUGGAUCUCUGGAUGCCCGAUAUGGACGGAUAUCAGGCGACGGAGGAAAUACUGGAUAUGGUUGGGAGUCAUCGUGAUAGAAUGCGGAGUGCGAACCCGGACGUUUUAUUACCACCCAGCCCGACUAUCCUAGCAGUCAGUGCGGAUGUCACGGAUGAGGCGUUGGGCCGAGCUACCAAAGUGGGGAUGGAAGGUUAUAUGACGAAACCAUACAAAUUGGCCGACCUGGAAAGGCUGAUUGUGGAAUUUUGCGGCAACCGUGAAUCAUGGGAGAUGUGA